GCCUUCCCCUCCGACCCGCACCUCGUGGACGGCGCCGCCCGCUUCUCCGCCUUCGCGUCGCCGUCCCCGUCCCCGACCCCUCCUCCCCCCGCCUCCGCCGCCAAGCGCAAGGCCGACCCCGCCUCCAAGGGGAAGGUGGCGAAGAAGGGGAAGACGACGGCGGGCGGCGGCGAGGACAAGGACUCGGGCGAGGACGAGAAGCCGGCGUACGUGCACGUGAGGGCCAGGAGGGGCCAGGCCACGGACAGCCACAGCCUCGCCGAGCGGGCGAGACGGGAGAAGAUAAAUGCGAGGAUGGAGCUGCUCAAGGAGCUGGUCCCCGGGUGCAGCAAGGUAUCAGGAACAGCGCUGGUACUGGAGGAGAUCAUCAAUCAUGUUCAAUCCCUUCAAAGACAAGUCGAGUACCUGUCAAUGAGACUCGCAGCAGUAAACCCAAGGGUUGACUUUGGUGGGCUAGACAACCUUUUGACUACAGAGUGUGGAAGGAUAACAGGUUUAAACUGCAAGAGUGGAAUGGACUUGGAGCAAGUCAGCUGGCCCGACAUGGGCGUCCAUGGAGCGAGAAAUCUUGCGCAGCUACAACAGCAGUUCUGGCAUGGUGAUUUAGCACAUCCACAGCAAGCAGCUUCACCGUGGGAAAAACGGGGGGACGUACAACCUCCUGUCUUUAGCAACACCAGCUCCUCUCUCUUCGGCUACGAUCUCGCAAGCUCUGGACCGCAGCAACCGCCAACAAGCAAGCUAAAAACAGAGCUGUGAGCUACAUCAGUAUAUUGCAGGCCAGGAGAGCGAGCUACACAUAAGCUGGGGGCGACGAACGGCAGAAUGCAAUGGGGAGCAAGCAAUCAAGACAUGAUCUGUGGGCGCCUACGACGGUGCAGGGACUUGUUUCAACGGCAGCAUUUUGAGAUGAUGUACAUAUGGAGAUGGUGAUAGGAAAUACUGUUGGUGAUGUGGAGCCGAGCUGAAAGGCAUGGAUGGGUGGAUAUCAGGUUUCCCUGCUGCCAUUCAUCUCUGUAGAGACGGGCGAGCGAUACUGCAGUUUCUGGUCCUUGCUGGUGUAUUCGCGUAUGCCUUUUGACUAUAAUGGCUGCAUAAUCUUAAGGUUGUAUGAGCAGCAUGGUUUGAUGAACAAGGCCCUGUGGUUUUGCACCUCUGUUUGAUUGCGUUCUCCAAAUGUGGCAAAGCGACGAGCUGCCUUUUACUAUUUACUAUUUACUGC